GACGCAAACGUCAUAGGCCAUUGAAUCAUCGUUCGUCUGUGUUUGAGUCGGCGAACACGAACAAUGCAAAACGCAGCUUGGAGCCACAUGGGGUUCCAACAGGGAACGGCUCUGUACGGCACCACAUACAACCAAAUGCAAACACAAUACCCUUACUACAGCUACGCGUCGUCGGCAGCACCGCAGCCUCCUGGUUCUUAUUCCUAUCCACAGUAUCCAUACCCUUUUAUGCCCCAAUCCAUGCCUGGUUUUCCUAUGCCUUUUGCACCAUCUUUCCAGUCCCAGUUGACUGUGCAGGAGCCUCAGUUGACAGCCCUUGUUGAAGAACAGCCUCUUCCUCCUGGGGUCGACCCAGUCAAACCUCCAAUGAAAACAGACGAGAGGGUAGCAAACGGUCAACAUGGAAUGGAUGUUGGUGAGAAGUAUAAGAAAGAUGUUGGUAGUGAUGGGAGUGAUGUCAUGGAAGGGAAGAGUGUAGUCGGUAAGGAGGUAGACAAGAAGGACAAGGUAAAAGGCAAAGGUUCACAACAGGAAGAACAGCAGCAACACAAACAAAAAAAUGAAGGUUUUCCACCUGCUCUUAAUGAGUAUGUGCUGCGUUGUUUCCAAAGUUGUGUGAGUGAAUCCGAAAAGAACCAGAUGGAAGGUUAUCUGAAAAAGCUGCUGUCAGAUGCUUUUAAUAGUGGAUCAGCAUGGUUGAAAGACUGGACUAAAGAGUCGUUGCCACAACUCAAGAAAGGACAGAAAAAGAAAUCUCGUUGGGCAACUCCACCACCUUCUGCAUUGUCAUUGCCAUCAUCUUCAUUAUCAGGUGGCUUUGUUUCAUCAGGUCGUGGCUUUGUGAAAGUUCCUCCAGCGGGGAGAGGGAAGGUCUUUUCUCAGGGCCGGGGUUUGGGAGUAGUUCCAGGUGUAGGCAGUCGCGGACGUGACAUCGUGAAGAGAGGCAGAGAUGUAGGCAGAAGAAGUAGGUCAAGGUCAUCAUCAUUAUCAAGUGACACAAGAUCUCCUUACAGGUCACGUAAACACUUCUAUAGUUCUGAUAGUGGCAGCAGAAGCAAUAGUCCAUCUGCUUUGCAUGUCUCUCCAAUAGUGAAGCCACCUCAACCAAAGAAGAAACAGAAAAGGAAACAGAAGAAAUCGAAAGUGCAAAAGAAGUUCUCAAUGGAAAAGGAUGAAGUGCAGAUGAGCGAGAGGUUGAAACGGUUUGGAGACAUGGUGAAACCUCAGGAGAAAAAGAAGACGAGUUUUAUCGACAUGAUACAUCAGAUGAAUAACAGGGACAUUGGUGAUGAUAAUGAUUUUGAUUGGAGUCAAUACGCUAUUCAUGGAACUUGUCAGAAAUUGGACAAGCCUUAUUUCCGACUGACUGCCGCUCCAGAUGCCUCGCUUGUGAGACCUGUUGAUGUGUUGAGAAGAUCCGUGCAGAUGGUCAAAGACAAGUGGAAUGCGAAGUCAUCGUAUCGAUAUGUUUGUGAACAGUUCAAAUCUAUUAGACAGGAUCUGACGGUUCAGUGCAUUCGCGAUGAGUUUACCGUCGAAGUUUAUGAAACACAUGCUCGUGUCGCAUUGGAACAGGGUGAUCGUGAGGAAUUUAAUCAAUGUUUGACUCAAUUACGAACUCUGUAUAGUGAAGACAUUGCAGGUAAUGAAGCUGAAUUUACUGCCUAUUGGAUUCUCUACUUGAUGCUGACAAGAAACUCCGCCGAUAUGAAUGUCUCUCUGGCCUCGCUUAGUGAUGAAAUGCAAUCAAAUCUUGUUGUAAAACAUGCUCUUGCUUUGCGUUCAGCAUGGGCUCUGUCUAACUAUCACAAGUUUUUCAAGCUCUACAUUUCUUCUCCUCUUUUGUGUCCAUUUCUGAUUGAUAUGUUCAUACAGCGAGAACGACUUCAAGCACUACGAGCAAUAACCAAGUCAUUUCGACCGACCGUACCUGUCUCCUUCCUUCAGACCGAGUUGGGGUUUGAUAGUGUCGACAAGUGCCGUUCAUUUUUACAGGAGAAUGGCGGCAUUCGCCACGGCACAGAUGAUAACACCCUCGAUUGCAAGCUCACACACACCAACCUGCUUGCUCUCUCACAACUACAGUCCUAAUUGUUUGAUAGUCAAUAUUAAAAAGCUAGAAAUGACCCCUAUACGACCCCUUAUGAGUUCACAGUUGUGUUUAUAGGUUAAUCAAGCUGCAGUGCGAGAGUUCGACAAGCCAACUCUUGUGCAGAAUCGAAAAUCAAUAACACUUCCUUACAAACUCGUAAUACGUAUUGUUAAGAUCAUUGCAUAGUAAUGUAUCUAUUUGAUUGACUCUUUUGUGAGUGGGAAGUAGAAUGGUUUUAUAGUGUUUGUGUACUGUGAACUGUACCGUAUGAAAUAGGGGUGUAGAGCUACUAUAGAUGGGUCAGAGACUAUGUAGGGUGUUUUUACUGUAUAGCACACUGUAGUAGAUUUAUUAUAUUUAUACAUCGUCUACAGAGUA